AUGUCAUCGUUCGACGAAAAUAGAAUGACGGACGCCGGAGCCUCGACCGCGGCGUUUGCGUUUGCCGCGCUGAUGGGCUGCGGAUCGCCGAAUCAACCAACAUUUUCAAUGGAAUCAUUGCUAAAGCCAGAGAUCUCUGACUUUUCACCGAAAUCCACAGCUAACAAUGAAGAGUCCACUAUAUGCUCUGUAUGCUGUGAUGAAGCAAGCGGACGACAUUAUGGCGUUGUCGCAUGCUUCGGCUGCAAGGGAUUUUUUCGAAGAACCGUACGUGCCGGAAAGAACUACAUUUGCCGUUAUGAUCAAAAAUGUCGUAUCGACAAAGCUGGGCGAAACGUUUGCCGUUCGUGCCGAUUUCAAAAAUGUCUUGACGUGGGAAUGGAGCCAGAUGCGAUCAGACCCGACCGGGACAAAACGGGCCGACAAAAGAAUCCAAGAAGGAAUGGGAGUCAUCUGAUAAAUGGCCUCGAUCCGGCGGUUGUGAAAAAAUUAUCCGGCGCAUCUAUGCUUGGUGAUUUACCGUGCGUAAAUAAAAGGGAUGACUCUGACGAAAAUCCCACAUCUCCGUCUUCACGAGCUGAAUCCGCACCAGCUGUGGAUGUUCGUCCCAGCCCUUGCGAUGAAAUUUUGACAACGCUGCGUGAAAUUGAACAGAUAUGUCUCCAACUACGUGAUGUCGCACCAAUCUCUCCCUUAGCUCGACCGACACUUCUGGAUUGUGUUCAUCGACCCUCGCUUAUCACUCCCAGAUCUCAGCUGUUAUUCGACGGCUCAAAUGGUCCAGGUAGUUUAAUGACAAUUGCGGAAAAUGUUCGACGAAUGAUUGUUUUGGUAUUCGAUUACGCCAACACGUUAAAACCAAUCGCUGACAUUCUUCCUGAGGAAAAGAUCGCACUGAUCCGAAAUUGUAUAACGCCUUUUGCGUUGUUGAUGCUGAGCUUCUACUCGUCAAAGAGCGAUUGUGAUGCUGUAUAUCUGCCCUCCGGACAUACAUUACCAUCCGAUAUGUCAUUGUUCUCCUCGGUUCUGGAUGACGAUAAACGACAUCUGUUGAUGAUUGCAAAGUGCGAGGCUGUCCGUCGUGGUUUAGUCGAUCAAGUGAUAAAUCAGUUGAGAAAGCUGCAUGUAACUGAAACAGAACUUCUUGCUCUUAAAGCUAUUAUGGCACUUGAUCCGAACGUAAAGGGUCUAUCAAUGAAAUCCUCCGGACAUCUGCUUGUUGGUCGCGAAUCCGUGCAAAAUGCCCUCUUCUCGCAUCUCAUGACAAGGCAUCCGGCUUCGGAGGCUACCGCCCGUUUUGGACAUCUUCUGCUGCUGAUUGCUUCGGUUACGAAAGUUGCGUCAGCCAUGUGCGGUCUCCUACAAUUCAGCAAGGACAUAUCAUUACCAGUUGAUCCACUUUUGGAUGAGUUACUGCUAAAAGAUUUCUAA